AGUUAUUUGAAGCCGUGUCGGUUUUGUGUUUCUUCCGGAAGCACCCGCCGUGAGCUCCUUCUGUUUCCGUGUCAGGGAGGGGUGCAGUGGUGUGAUUUCUGGGGAUUCUUUUACGUGACAAAAUGCAGGAUCCGAACGAAGACACCGAGUGGAAUGAUAUCCUGAGGAAGAAAGGCAUCCUGCCUCCAAAAGAGGUUCCUAAAGAUGACGAAGAGGAGGAGGAAGCUGCUCUUCAGCAUCAGUCUGUUGUCAAAACCUAUGAGAGCAUGACGCUGGAAGAACUUGAGGAGAAUGAGGAUGAGUUUGGCGAAGAUGAUGAGGCUGCAAUUGAGAUGUACAAACAGCAGCGUCUUGCGGAGUGGAAGGCGGCUCAGAUGAAGAACGUGUUCGGCGAGUUGGAUGAAAUCUCUGGACAGGAUUACGUGAAGGAGGUCAACAAGGCUGGCGAGGGAAUCUGGGUGGUGCUGCACCUCUACAAGCAGGGAAUCCCUCUGUGCACCCUCAUCAACCAGCACCUGAGUGGCCUGGCCAAGAAAUUCCGUCAGACCAAGUUCCUUAAAUCCAUCUCCACCACCUGCAUCCCCAACUACCCCGACCGCAACCUGCCGACCAUCUUCGUUUACUUUGAGGGAGAGAUGAAGGCCCAGUUCAUCGGGCCGCUGGUGUUCGGAGGCAUGAACCUCAAAGCUGAAGAGCUGGAGUGGCGGUUAUCAGAAACCGGGGCCGUGAAAACCGACCUGGAAGAAAACCCCAAGAAACAGAUCGAAGACAAGUUAAUGUCGUCGAUCAGAAGUUCGCUCCCCACGCGAAAGGACAGCGGCUCUGAGGACGAGGACUAUUAAGGAACCAGGCAAAGUGAAGCGCCGCCGUCAGAGCAGAAGGCCUCUUCCACACGGAAACACUCAGAACAUUAAGGAACUGAGCAGGAACAGGGAGGAGACCUCCUUCAUCAGUGUGUAACUUUCAUAUGUAUGCAUUUUGUUUCAUGAAUGUACAGAGCUCCGUCCUGCUUAAGGGCACGUGGGCAGGUCACUCUGCUGGAGGGGAUUAACCCCAGGAUAGACCUGUUUUUAAGUGGAAUAAUGGAAUAAAAAUUAAGCAACAGCCUUACAAAACUGUUA